ACAACUAGUACCCGCGCAAUUAUAGUUUUGGCGUAAAAUUGUUCAAAAGUGUAAUUAAUUAGAGUUUGCGUUUCUUUAUUUUGUUAUAAGUUAUAACAGUAUUUUCAGACAACACAAUGAAUGCUUACAUAGAACAGGCAAUGGAAAAAGUCACUGAUUUGCAACAACAAACUCAUUUUUGCAUAAAUAACUACGAUUACUAUCAUAAAAAUAAUGAAUUUGAAAUAUUACGUCAAAAGGAAAAGCAGUUACGUGUUAGUGCAAUAUAUCUAAAAGAAUUUCUCAAUACACUGGAUGCAUUUCAAGAUGCUAUUCAAGACAUAUCAAGCCAAUGCGACGAAAUUGAUGUGUUACUGGAAAAAUGCACACAGAAAGGUAAAAAAGAUGAGACGGAUAGCAAUAAAGAGAAUAUAUAAAAUGCUUAAUUCUAGCACUAAUUUCGUUAAUUUGCUAUAAGCACUUGAUAAGUUGAUGUUUAAAUAAAUAAAAUAUUAUUUUACACCAGAA